UUCAAAACUGUCAAAAAUUCCAGUUUUAUUUUAAAGGUUUUAAAGUAUAAAAUUAAAAAAAAACUUGCUAUGAUUAAAGGACAGUGUAACUCGAGUCCAGGCGAUGAUGUUGCAUCUAAAAGAAAACGGAUAAUGCGAACCCCGUUCAAUAAAAGGGCACAAUCAGCAAGCCCUAUUUCUGGACGUCCACGCAACCCUUCCCAGCUAAGAAUACUGGCAAAAGAUCGAAGAUGUCAGAGUCUACCUCCUCUUGAUAAAGAAUCAAAAUCGCCAUUCGAUAAUAUUGAGUAUUCACAGCAAUGUGUGUUGGCUCCAAAAGAUACAAACGAACAAUUACAAAACUCAGAGUUUCGAGAACAAGUUCCAGUAAAAGAUGUAACAAUGCCUCAUUGUGUUAUUACUAAAACUAUGAGAGCGUUGGCCACAAAGAAAAGGGAAUUUAUUAAAUUAAAGAAGAACAUGAUUGUUCAACAAAAUUCGUUACUGGAAAAUUACGCUAGCUUAAAAGAUUUAGAAACAAGAGCAGGAAUUGUUGAUAAGGACUUGGGUGAUAUACGCAUUCUAUCAGUGAAAGACUGGCCAGCAUAUGACCUGCUGCUACUAGUCAGAGACGACCUCAAAAUGCCAAUGAACUCAGAGAUAACCGGCAUUUUUGGUCCUCAAGUCUUACAGCAGUUGCAAGCGCAGUUGAAUCCUAUUCCUGAGGACGUACUAGGUAUGGGCGCUGAGAUCAUGGCGCGGCGUAUUGAGAUCUUGAAUCUGCUGCGUUACAAGCACCGCAGUGACCGCGCUACCUACCAAACCAAUAUGGAGUGGAAGGCGAAAAAUAUAGAAUUUGACAGCAUAACGGAACAACUGCACAGAAUGGUAGCUGGAAUUGCAGAAAAUUUAAAAGCUAAAAUAAACUAUUCUCUUGAUCUUGCCAAAAUACCUUGGAUAGAUCGUGAAACUAUUAUUAAAAAAAAUGAGCGAAUACAAAAAGAAAAUGCACUUUUACAACAUAAAAUUGAAGAAAUAAGUAAAAAAGAAAAUGAGGAGAACAAAGAACCGUCUAAUAAUGAAACUACUACUACCAGUUAUCAGGAAAUAUGCAAUGAAUUGGCUAGAGAACGAGCUGCUCGAGGGUCUCUGAAGGAAGUAGUGUCAGCGGCGGAGAAUAUGUUACGCGUGGCACGCGGCCGAAUAGUUACAUUAGAGAAGGAAUUAAAACAAACGAAAGCUGAGCUAGAGGUGAUGCAACGAAAACAUAAAGACAUGGAGCAACUUUAUCGUCACCGGGAGACAAGUUAUGAUGUACGCUCAAGAAAAUUAAUUGAGGUUUCGAAGACUGGAGAAAUGGCAAUUGAAACUUUGUCUCGUCAACGUGAUAUACUGGAGUUAAGAGUCAAAGAAUUACGGGAGCAGGCGGAAGCAGCUGAGCGUGCAGCAGAGAUCCGUGUAGCAGAAGAAAAAGCUCACAUCGGUACGCUGCAGGCGAAGGUAGCAGAACAGGAGAUAAACAGGAAAGUUGCUGAAGAUACAAUCAUAGAAUUAGAAGGACGUGUUAAAGAGUUAGAAGAGCAGUUACAAUCUUUACGUGAACGUUCUUUACGAUUAGUUGAUUUGGAGCGCAAACGUUGUCUUGGAUACGUCCCUGUUAAAGAGAGUGAACCCUCAGAUAAAGAAACUGAAAUUUGGAAAGAAUUACAACUCAGUCGUCUGGCUUUGUCUCGCACUGAAGAAGAGCUACGCCAGAGUCGUGCUGAUAAGGAAAAUUUUUUAAACUCACUAGCAAAGAUUGCGCAAGAGGAAGGUGAUAAGGAAGAUAAAAUGGCAAGUGAGCUAUUAAAUAGAGAACAAAAAAUAAUGAAGUUGCAACAGGUUAUUGAAGAAUUACGAGAAAACGAAAAAAUUAUGGAGCAAAGCAUGACCAGUUACGAAAAUCAAAUGGCGUCGUUACGUUUAGAGGUUAUGAGAUUGAGAAAUUAUGACUGUUAUACUAAGGAAAUCCCAUACCAAGAUUUACAGACAGAGUUAUUGGAAAUGCAUAUGCAAGUAGAAACCCUGACUCGAGAACGUUCGGCUUUGGUAACGGCCGCUGCUUCCCGUGCGCUCAUGUUAGAGCGGCAUGAGCGUGCAGCAGAACUUUUCGCACGCAUGACUCGAGUGCGACGGGAACUCGCCGCGUAUCUCCAUGGUCAGACCGAUCCUCCAUCUAACGAUGACAGUUUCCAUGUUGAGGUAUCCAGAUCGUUGUCGUCGGUGUGCGCCUGUUCAGCAGAUACUUGGACGGCACUUCGAGUUGAACGUGCUCGUGUCCUUCGGCUGGAGAGUGCAGUAUUGGCUCAAAGUCUUCAACUUGAAAAGGAAGGAAGAGUCCGGACCCAACUUGAGCGACACAAAUCUGUACUGGAGAGAGAAAUACUUCGCACUCGAAACUCUUUAUCAGCCGAUAAAGUUACACAUAAUCAAAGUUUGAUAUUUUUUAAUAACUGA